AUGAACGCGGACGCGGCGUCAUGGGACUCGAAUCGCUGGCGAGACGUCGCGGCGCCGUAUGAGUCUCAUCCGGAGCAUCAGCUCCCGCACCAGCAGGGACCCAAUGCGCAACUCCAUCACCACCCCGCCCAGCACCAGCAGCAACAUCACAGCAAUAACAAUGCGGCCUAUCCACCUCCCCAGAAUCACUCUUCCCGGCCGCAAGCUCCGCAGCUAUCCGCGCCCAGCGCCGUCAAUCCAGCAGCACACAGCGCCAUCCUUGACCACAGCAGCCUCCAUCAUUCCUGGAUCGGGAAGUCGCGCGAAGUCUCGGCAGACCCUAUACCUGUCCCCAUCAUACCGCGCCAGGCCGAACCCUAUGCCACUAUGACGAAUGCGUCGACUUACCACACUCGACUUUACGAUCGCCACAGCCCAACCUACGCUCCGACCCAGCUAGCAGACACUUCUCCUCGUGAGACGUCUGCCGGGCCUUGGCGAAGCUUACACCACGGUCACGGUCGUAUGAGCUCAGGCCAGGUCGCCGACGCCCCACCACUUACCCUUCACAUCCCCCAAUCCCAGGAUCGGCCAAGGAUCUCGCCGCCCAUCAACACCAACACUCUCGACCACGCCGCCGCCGCUGCCAACCAACCCGUGUCGACGCCCUCGACGUCGCUGCCCUCGUUUGCAGCCUUCCAGGAACACACCACCACCCGCACCGACGAUGUGGAUGGCCCUGAAAUCGCUCCAAUGUCGUCACGCCUAUCCUGCCACUCUUGCACCAAGCUGCAACCCUGGGUCAGGGACGUUGCCGUCGCCGUUGCAGAACUCGACGAAAGCGUCCAAACGUACUGCAACAAGUCGGUGAACCGCGGCCUCGAGAUCCCCAACGACAGCUUGAUUGGAUUGGUCCAAUGGAUUGUUGAUAGGCUACGGACUGCAAAGAGCGAUGUACAAGAUGCUGCUCGUCGAAACCAGGGCUACUUUCCCCAACAACAGCAGAUCUCCCAGGGUGGAUAUCCUCAGCGAACUCUAUCACCACCGAACUCGUUGAAACGAGCAGCCGAUCGAUGGGAGCGAGACGACUUUCCCGUUCCCAAGCGGCCUCGAUCAGGAGCCUCUGUGGAACAACCAUAUCAACUACCUGCUCUUACUCCUCGAGACGAACGACGAGGCUCAAUCGAUUUCGCCGCAAGAGACCUGCGAUUGGGCUACUCUCCACCACCCAGCGAGUCAUUGCCAGGCUCUGCACACCCACGGCAAACGUCUCCUACAUUUGCCAAUCGAUCGAUGAACCGCCCGUUGCCGUCUCCUUCCUCUUUGGCAUAUCCACCAUCCGCUGCGCCUUCUCUUCCUCCACCAGUGGGCUCCCCCGCGACAUCCUAUCAACCCACAUCAACGAUUCAUUCGACAUCGAACUCCUCUGCGACGUCAGCACACAUUGCCGAUCUGCAGCAUCAGGUCACAUUGAAGUCAUUGGCUUUGCAGACAUUGCAGUCCGAGUACGCCUCCUUGUUGCAGAAGCUGCAAAGGGAAAGGGUGAAGAGCCAAACGAUCGAGAAGAAGACUAGCGUUGCUGACCAGGAGGUCAACGAGCUUACCAGCAAGAACGAGGAAAUGACGGAACAGAUCAAGACCCUUGAAUCCCAAUUGGAAGAGAGCGAGAAGAAACGCGAAGUGGAUCGUGUGGAAGCUGCAAAGGAGAAGGAACAGUGGGGCCGCAUGCUCGAAAUGGGUGGCCGACUGCACGCUAAAGUCGACAGCGAACGACAGCGACUUUUGGAGGAGAAAGAGUAUCUCACACGCCGGGUGGCUGCGUUGGAGACAGAAGAUUCGGUGCGGCCUCCUCACGUCAAGACGGACCUACAGGUUCAGGCGGAAGGUUCCCGCCGCCACUCUGGACCGGAUGGGUCGGAGCGACCAAUUAGUCAGAACGCUCCCCCGUCAGAUAUGGGCCCAGUGGGUGCGGGAUCCUUCGGCGAUUUCAGUAACAGCGAGGCAACCGCCUUGAAACGCGAGGUCCUGGUACUCAACGGACGGAUUGAAUCGCUCCGGUUCGCUUUGGAAGAAGCUCGACGCCACAAUCAGGAAGCUGAGCAAAAGACGCGUGCUUUUUUAGAGCAAAACUCCCAGCUUGGCACCGCCAUUGACAGUGCACUCAAGAACGACGCCUCCAGGACGGUUGCGAGAAGGAAUGAGAGCGAUCUUCGACAAGCUCCUAGCAGCCGCUCAACUCCCGCGCGACACAAGCCUGCUUGGUCCCCUCCACUGCUGACCAUCUCCCAACAGCCUUCCUCGCAUACCACCACGAAGCCGUCGGCGUCUAAGCACGGGACGUUGGAGGUCAUCAACGGAGGGAAAUCUUCCAUCGCAAACAUAGCCGACGUCGCGCGAGCGCGUACACCAGGGCCAGAGGAGCUUGGGAUUCACAUCACUCCUUCGACGUCUUCACCAGAGGAGCUUAUCAAGGCGUUGGGACCUGUCCCAGCUCCUCUUCCAUCCUUCCAAUUUGUCGCGCAUUCUCCAUGGGCACCAUCACCGUUCCAAGCGAGCCGAGAUGACGAAAGGCCGUAUGCUACAGAUGGAUUGGGCCACCAUGUACCCAGGCCUGGGUAUGGAGGUUCUGACGUAGGCAGGCCUACUGGUACUUCGCCUCGAUCAUACCAUUCGUCUCCUGGAGAGGUACUCGAGGAUAGUGCCUCGUCUGGGUCAGGUUCUGGUCAGCGCUCGCCAGAGGGUUAUAGCAGCGAGCCGGACGCGUCGAGCUCUGGGUGGAAUCCCACCAACUCGCGUUCCUACUCUACAUUGCCACCCAUGCAUCAAAGCAGCGGGCCGAAGUCGUCUUCGUACCCUCAGAAUGGGUACAAUACCUGGCAAGCUUCUAUGCCACCACCACCUCGCCCUGAGGUGGGAACCAGUUUUCAUCGUAAUUGA